AUGCAAUCUCAUGGCUGCAACCCCGUGGAAGACGAUGCGUUAGUUUUGGAACGUCAACGUACAGCUGCAUUAGAAUUGGAAGUAAAGACACUUCGUGCAUCUCUUGUAGCAUUGGGAGAAUCGACAGAAUUUGAAGAAGAACGAAUGACGAAUCGUCUUAUUAAACGUCUUUAUGACGUCAAGAGCGAGAAAGAGAAAUUGGCUCUCGAGGUGGAGAGAGAAGAAGAACUUUUGACGAAUAAAUUACAGAAAAAAUUGAAUCAAUUACAAAAGGAGAAGAUUGAUCUCGAGAAUAAACUUGAGAAUGAACAGGAAUAUAUUGUCAACCGUCUUUCAAAGCAGCUUGAAGCUGCUCGUGCUGACAAGGAACGACUGUUGCAAGAGUUGCAGAGUGAAGACAAUGGGGUGAGGAAAGCAUUGGAGUCACAAGUAGCGAGGAUUUUGAACGAAAAGGUUCAUCUUGAGAACGAAUUGGAACAAGAGCAAGAGUUUCUUGUCAAUCGACUUCAGAAACAACUCUCGGGACUGAACAGUGAACGUCGCAGGAUGGAGAGAAAAUUAGCCAAGCAGAAUGUAAUGCUAUUGGAUCAGAUGCAGCUCAAGAUUGAUGUGCUUCGACUGGAGUGUGGAGAUAAUGUUAAUGCAUUUGCAGACGGGGUGAGCAAGAUUCUGGCCGGGGUCAAAGAGCAACAAGCGAAGAAGGCGGCGGAUGUCGUUAAGACCACCAAGGACGACAUCAAUAUCAACGCCUGGGCUGCUUCCUCCGGCUACAAGCCGCAGCUCACGCCCGAAGGACUGGUCUACCAGCACAUUCGUCGCGACACCAUGUGA